AUGUCUUAUUUCAAGGUUCACAUGUGCAGAGCAAAAGUGUCGUCCCGCUCUUGUCUCUUUUACAACAAUGUUGAUGAGAAAAGCACUGACAAAGAAAUCAUGAAUUCUAUCCUGGAUGUGGAGGAUCUUGUAAAAACAGGCAAAAAGCAAAGAGUUUGUCCAUACUACCUGUCACGCACACUUAAACAACACGCUGACGUCAUCUUCAUGCCAUACAACUACCUGCUUGAUCCGAAGAGUCGAAGAGCACACAACAUAGAGCUUAAAGGAGCUGUGGUUAUUUUUGAUGAGGCUCAUAAUGUUGAGAAGAUGUGUGAAGAGUCCACCUCAUUUGACCUCACCCCUUACGACCUGAUUUCUGCCAUUGAGGCCGCGGAUCGACUGCUGCGGGAACAGGCCUCAGACAUCAGCAAAGCAGAUUCUACUGAAGAUUUUAAUGUUGAAUCGCUGAACUCUG